GAAAACUAUUCCAGACGCAGCCAAGUCGAUGGUUCUAACCUCAGUGAUUCCAUUCCCAGUCGAUGGACGAAGAUGAACUAGACUGCGACCUGGCGUAUCAGCUUAGGUCAUCACGUCACGUGUCAUCAGUGCCAAGCUCAGAAAUUGCCAAAUCCCAUCGUGAUCGAGCAAAUCGAAUUCCGUAUGCACUCACUUCGCUCGAACAUAAAGUACAUCCAGAGAAGAGACUCGGAAAGCGAAAGCCAAUUUCUACCAAUCAGCUCUGCGGGAUCCAAAUGAGACUACGAGAUUUAAUACCUCGCACUAGCCUUUGGACAUGGAACGAGGCAAUCAGACACUUGCAAAGCACGGCGUUGCUGCAACUGCGAUCUUCGAAUCGACGAGGACAGCGCCAGCUUUCCCCGCACCCGUUUUGGUAAUACACUUUCCAUUCUGGGAUAUUUGAAAUAGGACCGGCGGUCAUUGGAUCCCAACGUCCCUUUGAUAUUUCGAAUCUGUUGUGGUUGCAGCAUAGCGGUCGCAGUGCAAGCUUGACCUUGCCGCUUAAAGAAACCGAAGCGCCAAAGAGCAACUACACCCCAAACGGGAUGAGCAUUGAGUGGGGGAUGGAGAUGACGGCCAUUGGGACGAGCAGAUGUCCUGAAGCGGUCGAAUGAAAGCACCAACGACAGCUGCUUCGUCCGCAGUUCCGGGAAAUAAGUAAUGUGGUGGUGGUGGUGGCCAUGGAGAUGUUGCCGAGAGGUGAGCCAAAAGAUGCCGGGCUUUCCAUGAGGAGCAGAUUUCGAGAGUAAGCUGCACACGCGCUCUACUGUAGACCGAUGGGACUUGCGGCAGGAUUUGCGAUGAGCGUAGUUAGAGUGUAAUUGUA